AUGGGCCUCGUCAACAACAUCAAGCAGAAAAUCUCGGAUCACCACGCGAAUGCUGAUGUUGAUCACAGCCACAAUGAUGGUACAAAUCCGAGAAAGUCAGACGCCCAGAAUUGGAUUGAAAAAGGUCAAGGCGGAGAGCGUAACGAUGAUCAGGGGCACCAGGGUGGGAGCCUCACGUCUGCGGACACUCAGCCGGCCGUCAGCAAUCCUAAGGUACAGGAAGCUAUCAUGAAUGAUAAGAGUAGAGUGGGCUCUGUUGCGAAAUAG